AUGGGAGCUGGAUAUCCCCUUCUCAUCACUUCCUAUGUCAUCGAUUGGGUCGUUUUAAUAGCCGUAGCAGCAGUUGGUGCUGGCUUCUCCUACAUCGGCCCUCGAAAACGCCCCUUCGACAUAACGGACCGCUCGAUCUCCUAUCCCUUGAAUCCUGAUACCGUCACAAAUACCGUCCUAGUACUGAGCACUCUCCUCGCUCCAGCUGCCAUCAUCUUCCUCGGUAGUCUCUUCAACCCAUUCCCCUCUCGCUUUCUCACCACCGACAACCCAAAUGGAAAAUCAAGUUCUUUCCGCCGUAAGGUCUGGGAAUGGCAUACAGGCUGGCUCGGUCUUGCUCUCGCCUACGCUCUCGCCUUCACAAUCACCAAUGGGGCGAAGGAAGUCCUUGGCAAGCCCCGGCCCAAUCUGCUGGCACGUUGCCAUCCUGACAUUUCAAAGAGGUUGGUGGCAGCGGCGGGGGCAUUGGCGAUCAGAUAG